GUAGUAGUUUUUUUUACUAGACACACUUACGACUUUGCAGGUGAAGGCAGGAUAUGUACUGAACUUUUACGCCCUUGUGUAUUUAUACGGAUGGGAUGACAAUAAUACCUUGACACUACUACUUAAUGGCGAGAAAGUGUGCUGUAAUGAACUUCAGAUUAAAACCAGGGGUCAAAUCUUAGUGGACAUAGAUGCCUACUACUGGAAGGAAUUUGUCACUACGGUAUCCCUUAUACAAUGAAGAACUCGAGGGGGGUAUCAAAUGGAUCCUAAAUAUAAUGCUGUCCUUUUGUAUGCCUUUCUGAUGUAGAAGAUUUCUUGGGUUGAAGAUAGAAAUGGUGGACAGUGUUGUAUCUACAUACAAGCAAACAGGGACAUGGUGUAGCCCUCACUCUUAAACUUAAAUCUGCCCCCCCUCAAGAUUUCAUCUGACACACUUCGACUGUUCUAUCGUGAUAUAAUCCCAAGCCUUUCUAUGGCUAAUUCCAGGUCAGUGGUCUCAGUGUGAUCUGUUCCUGUAACUCCAUUCUCUAUUUUGGUGCUUGCGUGUGCUGCCAAGCCCCUGACGUAAUGCUCCCUGUUAAUGAUUCGCAUGUGGGAAGCAAAAGCAAUGCUGAGUCUCUCCUCUGGACUGGAGGGAGGAAGAAGGGGAAAAAAAGAAAAGGGGAGAGAAGAAGAAGAAGAAGAAGAAGAAAAAAAAAGAAAAGAAACCCAAGCAAUGCCGAGUCUUUGCUCUGGACUGGGGGCAGAAGAAAAGCAAAAGCAAGCCUGAGAUUCUCCACUGGGACUCUUAAGGAGUUUGGGGGGGGGGGACGAGAGAGAAAUGUUAGGACUCCUUUCUGGACUUUAGGGAGGAAAAGCAAGGGAAGGAACGCAAGAGAAGUAAUGCAACGCUGGUCUUCUGGUCAGGAGUGUAAAGGAGAAAAUAGAGCAAUGCUGGGUCUGUUGUCUGGACUGAGAAAACUUGGUCAACAUGGCCAAACCCUGGAGUGAGCCUGAGUGAGUUGGGGCUUUUUGCUCCACUCCUAAUUCAAACACAGCACUUUGGAUACAUGCAUACCGGACCUCAAUGUAGUCAAUUUUAAGUCAAAAUAGCCUGUAUAUGGGGAAAUUAUAGACAUAUUUGUCCUGAGAGUCAGCAGCUUUACUGAGUCCUGGACGCCUUCUGUACAGGAAAUAAACGGAUCGAAGGUGUUCCUGGUGAAAAAUGCCAGCAGCAGUAAAUCUACAUUAACGCAGGACAGCCAUCACGGAGUGUCGUCGUUGGGUUAUCACUUAUUGCCAAAACCUUGGAGGAGAACACCAUCUGGUAUCAGAACAUAACCGAGAAUGACGAGACAACACUCGAGUCCUCAUUAACGUCGCUCGACAGCAAGACUUCACAACCGACAAAUCGGAGCUUUUCCAGGAUCCGUCUGUGAAGCGAGUCCCACCACAUUGAAUACAUCCGUUCUUCUCAUUAAACCCACGUCACAGUCUUCAAGUGCGGUCCACCAGACCAUGAUGUUUCGUGACCAGGUGGGCGUCUUGGCCAGCUGGUUUAAGGGCUGGAACGAGUGUGAGCAGACCGUAGCUCUGCUGUCACUGUUGAAGCGGGUGAGUCGGACCCAGGCUCGGUUCCUGCAGCUCUGUCUGGAGCAUUCGUUAGCUGAGUGCACAGAGCUGCACGUUCUUGAAGUGGAAGCCAACAACCCAGCGGUGAUUGGGCAGUGGCAGGCCGAGCCAAAAGAGCGUCUCAUCUCUCUGGUCCUGACCCACCUGCCCCUCCUCAAGCCGGGCAACGGCGAAGCUAAAAGCGAGUACAUGCGGCUACUUCCCAAAAUCCUCACGCACACAAUCGAGUUUGGGCGGCACCUUGAGGAGAGCAGGCAGCUUCUCUCGUACGCGCUUAUCCACCCGGCCACUUCUCUGGAGGACAGGGCCGAUCUCGCUCUCUGGCUCAACCAUCUGGAGGAACGGGCAGCCACUCGCACUGCCGGAGGAGGAGGAGGAGGAGAUUCACUGGAGCGAGUGCCGUCUUCUCAUCAUCUCUAUGCCCAGCAUCAGCGUUACGGCUCUGAUGACCGCCUCAACGGCUGGCAGGGAUCUCGAGACUCGGGUAUUGCCACCUGGCACACACAGCAACAGCAGCAGGGCUGUGAGAAUGGACAUCUUCUUCUAUACCCAUCAUCAUCAGUCCCGUCUACCAUCAAUACAGUGGGCACAGGAAGUGGAAGCAACUCCAUCCUGCAGUCUGCGGGUCAGCACAGUCCUCUGAAGCGCUCCAUCUCUCUCACUCCCCCGAUAAGCGGCUCGUCCACUCAGCCUCUAGGACACGGCUGGCUCUCACAGGAGGAUCUGCGGGGACGGGGGGCACCUCUCACCCCUGACCACGCCCCUCUGUCCCCUCAGAGCAGCGUGGCAUCGUCAGGGAGUGGCGGCAGCGAGCACCUAGAGGACGGCUCAGGCCUGGGAAUGGCACUCCGGAGCUCCUUCAGCGAGGAGGGGAGCGGCAUGCGGGAUGUUCCAGCAUGGCUGAAGAGUCUGCGUCUGCACAAGUACGCCGGUCUUUUCUCCACUCUGACCUACGACGAGAUGAUGUCACUGACCGAGCAGCAGCUGGAGGCGCAGAGCGUUACUAAAGGGGCGCGGCACAAGAUCAUCAUCAGCAUCCAGAAACUGAAAGAGAGACAGAACAUGCUACGCUCUCUGGAAAAGGAUGUAUUGGAAGGCGGGAAUCUGCGUUCUCCUUUGCAGGAGCUGCAUUAUAUCAUCGGGACUCCCAUUAAAGCGUUCAACAGCGUGGCCGAGUCUCCACAGCGCCCCCUACUGAGUGCCGACGGAAAGAGCGCAGCCAGUGGAGUGUGUGUGAGCGGAGGGGAAGCUGAGAGCAGCACCACACUCGUAGCAGAGGGGGACAUUCCUGCUCAGUUCACGCGCGUCAUGGGCAAAGUGUGCACACAGCUGCUGGUGUCUCGGCCGGAUGAGGAGAACAUCAGCUCGUAUCUGCAGCUCAUCAAUAAGUGUGAACUCCAUGAGGCGUUCACAGAGACGCAGAAAAAGAGGCUGUCGUCAUGGAGGCAGCAGGUGCAGAAGCUGGUACGCUCGUUUCCGCGGAAACCUCUCCUGGACAUGACUGGAUACCGUCAGCCGAGGAGCAGCCGUGGUUUCGGUCAGUCCAACUCCCUUCCCAGUGCUGUGUGUGUAGGCAGCAGCGUGUGUUCCCGGAGAAACCUGCGUCAGUUUCCGGUGCCAUCGCGGAGUCUUCCUGCGCCCAGGCUCGGCCUGCUGGGCACCGCCGGCCUGCUCACACACACACACACACACACACACACCCCACGCAGUUCCAACAACACACCCACCAACCUGAAGCAGGGCAGACAGGGUCUAUGGUUUGCUAACCCGGGCGGCAGUAACAGCAUGCCCAGUCGCACCCACAGUUCCGUGCAGAGGACGCGCUCGCUACCCGUCCACACCAACCCACACACCAUGGCCAUGUUCCAGCAGGCAGAUCUGCAGAUUCCUGUGACGGAGCCAGACAUCAAUAAUCGAUUGGAGUCUCUGUGCCGCAGUAUGACCGAACACGCUCUGGAAGAUGGUGUCGAUCGGACGUCCACUAUCUGAGAGAGCGCACGAGAAGGAGGCGGAGCUAACCAUGAAUUGAAGAGACGGUGGAGAGGAGGGCCGGCUUUACACCGGCUUUGUCCUUAAACUCCGCUCACUUGCUCAUCUAACCAACACAGCCAGUGGUAGUGGAAGUAAUGGCUGGUGGGUGUGGCUUACAUGCUACCUUUCACCUUCUUCUGAAAGCCUGCUGCAACUGACCAGCUCCCAUCAUCAUCCUCGUCAUCCUCAUCAUCAUCAUCGUCAUCGUCGCCAUGACUACUUUAUUAUUUUUAUUGUUUAUUUUUUUUUUACAUUAGGUCAUUGGAUAUUUUUGGGAGAUACAAAGAGAACAAACAAAAUAAUAUCGUAAAACUGAUCAGAGGUACUGUAUGAGGUUCGGAGAAGAGAACAGAGGACGGAGAACUCCACGAGACUUAAGGAUCGUCAAGCUGCCUCGCAGCACGCCGAAACCAAAAAAAAAAACAACAGCCACACCCUAAACUCCAGGAGCUGAUCAUAACUUGCAUGGGCUCACCAAACCAAGUCGUUUACAGACAGCUGUCAGUCAUCAUCUCCAACAGCAACUUCCAGCAUCAGUUUACAAGGUUUUUCGUUUUUCUCGGAUUCAUUUGGGAAUUUCCCGGCCAUUUGGGAAGCUGUUUUGUGAACGUUUCGAAGCGCGAGAGCAGCAGUGGUCAGAGAGGAGACGAGGAAGGCAUGAGAGAGAGAGAGAUAGAGAGAGAGAGAGGGAAAUGACGUAAGCAUGUGGAGGAUGUGAGGUAGAACGAGAGGGGGAAGGAAUGUCGUAAAUGGAUUCGGACGUCAAGGGAAGUGUACGAAGGCACGUGGUAAGUCAGGCUAAAGCGGAUGUGUUUGCUCGGAAUGGAAAGUUGAUGCUUGUUAAGAUUCCCAUCUGGGAAUCUUAUUCGAUAGGCAUCACCGAUUUGGAUUUGCUCACGUGUUUGUAUUUGAAUGUCUUCGGAGAAGAUUAACCGAAAGUAGGAGUCGUGUAAAAGUCUACGCCGGACCACUGCUCGCCGAGGAAGACGUGCUUAUAUUUAUUCUCAGCGAUACGCUCGGAUUGUAAAUAAACACGUGAAUACAAACAGACGCGUCCGUUAGAGAGCUUUUUGAAUUAUACUAUCCGCAUGCUGGAGUGACUGGAGGAAAUCGUACUCGAGUAUGUAGCUCCACCUGGUGGCCAAAUGAUGUAACAUGCAGUCAUGUGCCUUCACAUGGACAUUCGGGCAUCCAAAACAACCCCGAUCUACUGUGCUGAUGGUUUGUGGGUGGAGACGGAAACUUUUUUUUUUUUUUCCUUGACGUGAACAGGAAACAUUUCACGCUCGGCUAACGUGACGUCAUCCCUAGCUAUAUGUUACACUAUGUCAGCAAUUUCUCAGUGUUAUAACUGAUACACUUUGCAGUUCAUUAACAGAAAGACUCACUGUAUGAAGACUUGAAGAUAACGAUUAUCGAUACAUCUUAUGAGGACAGAUUCAAAGAGCGCUGAAGAUGAAUUUAGGAAAUGAGCUGUUUAGUUUGGUUCUCGUCCCUCCCAGUGUCGUCUUAAGGUCAGACAGUCGUCUAGCGUCUCGCGUUCGUAGGUUUACAGUGUGGAAUAAGCUUUACGGUUUAACUUUGUGAAUCUCAGCCUCUUCGUGAUUUUUUUUCUUUCACUUCCGAGUAGCUGUUUGACUUUUCUGCAUGGGAUAGAACGUGGAUUUUCGGGGCAAUUUGAAAGCCCUUAAAAUUAGGGCUGGGCGAUAUGGCAAAAAAAUAUUCUAUCACGAUACCCGAGGACAUAACUACGAUACACGACGCGUAUCGCGAUAUAUAAUUCAGCUAAUACGCUGUCUGCAAAACGAAUUUGACGAUACUUUUCUUUAACUCCUACACAGACAGAGAUUACGCUUUUAAAAUAUUACGUCUAUCCAUUCAGUACCGUUUAAUUUUUAAAUUAUUAAAAGCGUUUUUAAAAAAAAAAAUUUUAAAAACAACAAAAAAACAUCACCAUACCAACGAUAUCUCGGAAACGUGUAUCGCGUGUAUCGUUUAUCACGAUACGGAUAUUAUAUCGAUAUAUCGCCCGGCCCUGCUUAAAAAUGAACGUUUGUCGAGUUUUGUGUAUGGUAGUUGUUGGGUUUUUUUCUUCCUGAUAUAAGAUCUUGUUUGUCGUACACUCGGUGCUGUGAAACGCUGAACUAUUGAAAGCAAACAUGUGCAAUAGAUUGGACGGAGCGUGCUGGAGAACACAACGUAGAUCAUGAGUGGAUCAAAGGGGUGUCCACUGGGGAUGGGAUCCCUUGGAAUCAAACAAACAAGCAGUUAUAGGUGCGGGAGCGGGCGGUCAGAUAUGAAGCUCGCGUGACAGAGAACGUUUCAUUAACGUGGGAGUGUACUCGUGUGAUGAUUUUUUUUUUAUUAUUAUUAUUUUUUACUGCAUUUAAUCAUUAAUCUUUAGUAAGCGCUUUAUCCUGUUCAGGGUCACCUUGGUUUAAACGACCAGCUUAGAAAAUAUGAUCAGCUAAAGUUUGAUAGAAAUUCUAGUGUACAGGUGUAAGCAAACAUAACUGCCAGAGAUGGUAGGAUAUCAUGAAUCACAGUGUGUGUGUGUGUGUGUGUGUGUGUGUGCUUUUAGCUCUUCACUGCCAACAAUACCAGAGUUAUGAAAUAGAUUUACGGGCUGUUGGCUUCACACACAGCCGCACCUCAAGCUAGAUAAGGUCCAAAGAUGCUAUCACACGUUAGCAAAGCAAUAAAGUCCAGAGUGCUGAGUAAAGGGUCUCUGCUGAACAAACGUUGAUAUUUCUCACUUUAUGGGACUUUAAAAUAAUGAAUUAAAAAAAAGUUGCAAGGGAUUUAAUGUCAGAUAUAUAUAGAACAGUCGGAAAAGUUCUCGAAGCUGCCUAGUGUUAGCUUGGCUAACUAGAUAACGCUAAGCCUUGAGGUCGGCUAGUCGACUAGCGACAAGCUAUCUGGUGUUAGCGAAGCCUUAAAUCCAGCUAGAUGUUAUCUAAAUGACAUACGUAGCUGUUUUACGUUGCGUUCAGUCUGUGCUGUGCUAGUCAGAAAAGAGAGAGAGAGAAAGAGAGAGAGGUCUUCGUGACCGCGACAGGAAACGGAACGACUGUUUAUUUAUUUAACACCCAUUAAGUAAACGUUUCCGAAGGUUUUAUGUAGUCAGGAGUCAUUUACAUGAAUGAACAUGAACAAUAGCUUCAAAUCCGUCCUUCAUCCACACUUGGAAAUCGAUGAAAGUUAUGGAAUCGGUCUGACUGACUGAGUUAGCUGACACGGCUGCAUGUUAGCUAGCUAGCAAGCACUGCUUAUUUUUCUCUAGGAACUUCUCGUAGGUCUCACAGGCCAGGUGGGAUUUAUGAAUCAGAAAAAGAGCCGAUAAUAUAUAUAUAUAUAUAUAUAUAUAUAUAUAUUUUUUUUUCUUUCUGUGAUAAUUUUCCUAAUUCACAGAAUUUUUGUACUCAGAAUUUUAGCAAUAACGGGCUCGCACGCUAGCUACCUAGCUAUCUCCGUCAACAGUCCUGAAGCUUAACUAGGUCUGAUUUCUCUGAGAAAGAUAAUGUAAACUGUGACUAAUAUUAAUAAUUCCAAAGCGAACGUCCGUGUGAACGUCCACCCACACGCCUGAGAAACUUCUCCUCUUGCUCUCCAGAGACUUGAAAGCAACAGAAUGAGGCACUUUGCAACGUUCCCUAAGAAUGAUACUCUUAACGUGAGUUGAAAUAGAUGGGGCAGAGCAUGGACUAUCACUGCCUUACACACACACACACACACACACACACAUACACGCACAUGUGGUAAAAAGCCGUGUCAGAGAAUGCCUCCAUUUUGUGUGUAAUAGCGCUUUAAAAGUGAGAUGCGUUCAAUGGCACCUUUAAUUCUGUAGAUCGUUACAAAUGCUGUUCUGAACUAGUCGGCUUCUUCUUUCCUGCCUAUGAUUAACCUUUAAAGGAAAACGUUUUCUAGACGCAUGCUCUUAAACCGCCGUGAGGCUUCGUGUGUGUGUGGGUCUCAUUCGAGCGGUGCGUUUGUGUAAUAGCCACUCAACACUGCCAUUUGAACGAACCCCUAUUAGCAGAUUCAAAUGAUUAUUUAUUGGUUCUUUUUUUUUUUCUAUUAUUGUCGCAGAUGUUAUUGUAUACAUUAGAUGUAUUAUUUAAGAUACCAUAUGUAUUAACUCGCUAUGGCUGGUAACCAUAAGUACAUCUCAUAUCAUUUUGUUAUUUUGUUGUUGUUUGUUUUUGUUUUUUUUUUUCCUCUUUAUCCGAGAAAAAAAAAAAAAAAAAAGUAUUUUAUCGUCCUGAUUUGAUUUCGUUCUUUCUUCGCGUCGUGUAAAUCGCUCGCUCCGGGAUCCAGAUGGGAUCGGGGAUCGCAUGCUGUACAGCGCAGGGUCGGAGUUCAGGCCUCGGCGUGUUAACGCAUCGUCGUAGAGUAGAUGAGAAACGCAAAGCUGACGUCUCAGAUGGUUCUUGCAGUCGUGUGGCAGUCGGCAUGAGACGAUGCUAUGAGCUUCAGGAAGUGAUCGGUGUGUGUGUGUGGGCGCGCGCGUGUUUCUCAACGGGUACAAAUAUAUGUGUGGCGGUCUGGGAAAACCCUUAGGACAUCGCUUUAAGAAGACGUAAAUAUAUUUGAACCGAACCUAUGUUCGCCUACAAAGAUCGCGUUACGUAACGAGGCAUUCAGGACAGAUACGGCUAGAUAGAAAACGUGUCGAAAAUCCCCCCAUUCGGAACCCCGAAUGCCCGCUAGGCUCCUGCGUCAUCAUCGAAACGAAGAAGAGCGCUCUCUGUCCGAACAACAGACGCAAACGAGCCGCACAUAUACACGAGUCUAUUAAGUACACCUGCACCGCUCGUACCAGGUCAGUACUACGAGUGGGUGUACCUAAUAAACCGGCAACCCAGUGUAUAGCCCAUACGGCGCGAUUUUGUGUCCGUUUAACUGCACACGACUGCAACCCAAAGGUCAAAGAGAAAGAUAUUCCAAAGUGUUUGAUUUUAUUUUUUUAUACUGGCUGUGUUCAUUAGUCAUAUUGCGUAAUUAUCUUUCUUUUCUUUUUUUUUUUUUUUUUUAAAGGAAAACAAAUCUGCAUCUAUACUGUACGCUAUACCGCUUUACUGUGUCCUUUAAUUACCUUCAAGAGCCGAUGUCCUGUAUUGACUGCAGGCUUAUAUAUAUAUAUAAAUAUAUAAAUAAUACAUAUAUUUAAACAACAAAAAAAAAAACAUCAUAUGUUUAAAAAAUUACAAAAAACAAACAAACAAACAAACAAAAAAAAAGUAAUUUAUAUUUUAAAAAUGCAUGUGAGGCUGGGAAGUCGUAUUUAGAAUAACAAAUGGCAGUGCCUUUUUCCUCUCGUUUUUUUUUUUUUUUUCUUUCUUUUUUUUCGGAUAUUUAGCCGAAAUGUAAAGGAUUUUAUAUGGAUUUAAAAUAUUUAGUGGUUAAUAACAAAGCUGGAAGCAUUGACUGUUUAAAAAAAAAAAAAAGGAAAAAAAAAAAAAAAAAGGAUCAAUCCAAACAAACAAAUUGUUGGUUUUAUGAAUUUUUUUUUUAAUUAUUAUUAUUAUUAUUAUUAUUUUUUUUUAAGAAGCACGUCCUUUUGUUGGCCUUGUCUGUCAGAUAAACACUUCAGUACUGCUUAGGUACUUUCAAUGCUGAUAUGAAGUUAUAUGAAUUAAACCUGUUUGUACAACAAUCAGA